GGCUCAAGUGGGGGCCGAUCCUCCCAGUGCUCGUGAUGACGCUGGCGAACGCCUUCAUGGUUCUGGAGGCCAUCCUCACCCGCGUGUGCGGGACCAGCACGCUGGCGAGGGAGGAGGACUUCGCCAUGCACGUGGCCGCCUUGCUCUUCUUCCUGGUCAUCGUCUUUGUGGCGGCCAUCUCCGCGGCCGAGGUCGGAGUAGGAAUUGCGGCAAGCUUAUUCUGCGACAACGUCGACGAUAACAUCUUGCAGUAUGGGGCUUUUUAUCUCACCAACCACACGGACAUCCCUGCCGAUCACAGAGAGAUGAUGAUCAACCUCACCACGUUCUACGUGAGCGGGGGCCUGCCAAACCCGCUGAGCACGAAGACGAUGACCCUGAAGAAGUACUUUAAGGCAAUCUAUGAGUACUACGCGACCGAGCUGGUGCAAGACAACAAAGAGGCCCCGAGCGCCAUCUGCCCGGCGCUCGGCAACAUCUCGGCCAGGGAGGUC